CCCCCACAGGUUGCUGCCUCUCGGUGCAGAACCAAUUUCUCAGGACCAUUUUUCAGAAUGAAAAGCGCCAUGUUCUUUCUUUCUUUUUUUUAAUGCUCUGGAAUACACCUUAGCACCUGAAGUUUGCUCAGGCCCUGGCGAUGUAGAAGUGAGAAAUUACAUGAUUUGCCUGAGGUCACAACAGAAAAUUUGUGGUGCCUGGAUCCCUACCCAGGUUUUUCUGUCUGAAAUUUUUCUGUUGCCUUCACGCUUGAAGAGUUUAGCUUGGUAUGCGAUUCUAGGUUGGCAGCUCCCACCCCCAGCACACGCAAGGUCUCCAAAAGAUGAAUUUGGCUGAGAUUUGUGACAAUGCAAAGAAAGGAAGAGAAUAUGCACUUCUUGGAAAUUAUGACUCAUCAAUGGUAUAUUACCAGGGGGUGAUACAGCAGAUUCAGAGACAUUGCCAGUCAAUCAGAGACCCAGCUGUCAAAGGCAAAUGGCAGCAGGUUCGGCAGGAAUUAUUGGAAGAAUACGAACAGGUUAAAAGUAUUGUCAGCACUUUGGAAAGUUUUAAAAUCGACAAGCCCCCAGAUUUCCCUGUGUCCUGUCAAGAUGAACCAUUUAGAGAUCCUGCUGUUUGGCCGCCCCCUGUACCUGCAGAACACAGAGCUCCACCUCAGAUAAGGCGUCCCAAUCGAGAAGUAAGACCUCUGAGGAAAGAAAUGCCAGGAGGAGGAGCCCGGGGACCUGUAGGCCGAGCACAUCCUAUAUCAAAGAGUGAAAAACCCUCUACAAGUAGGGACAAGGAUUGUAGAGCAAGAGGGAGAGAUGACAAGGGAAGGAAAAAUACGCAAGACGGUGCAAGUGAUGGUGAAAUUCCAAAAUUUGAUGGUGCUGCAUAUGAUAAGGAUCUGGUGGAAGCCCUUGAGAGAGACAUCAUCUCUAGGAAUCCUAGCAUUCAUUGGGAUGACAUAGCAGAUCUGGAAGAAGCUAAGAGGUUGCUAAGGGAAGCUGUUGUUCUUCCCAUGUGGAUGCCUGACUUUUUCAAAGGAAUUAGAAGGCCAUGGAAGGGUGUGCUGAUGGCCGGGCCCCCAGGCACUGGCAAGACCAUGCUGGCUAAAGCUGUCGCUACUGAGUGUGGCACAACAUUCUUCAACGUCUCCUCUUCCACGCUGACGUCGAAAUACAGAGGGGAAUCUGAGAAGUUAGUUCGUCUGUUGUUUGAAAUGGCUAGGUUUUAUGCCCCCACCACCAUCUUCAUUGAUGAGAUAGAUUCUAUCUGCAGUCGAAGAGGGACCUCUGAUGAGCAUGAGGCAAGUCGCAGGGUCAAGUCUGAGCUACUCAUUCAGAUGGAUGGAGUUGGAGGAGCUUUAGAGAAUGACGAUCCUUCCAAAAUGGUUAUGGUAUUGGCUGCUACUAAUUUCCCAUGGGACAUUGAUGAAGCAUUGCGAAGGAGACUAGAAAAAAGGAUAUAUAUACCUCUCCCAACAGCAAAAGGAAGAACUGAGCUUCUGAAAAUCAAUCUUCGUGAGGUUGAAUUGGAUCCUGAUAUUCAACUGGAAGAUAUAGCAGAGAAGAUUGAGGGCUAUUCUGGUGCUGAUAUAACUAAUGUUUGCAGGGAUGCCUCUUUAAUGGCAAUGAGACGACGAAUCAAUGGCCUAAGUCCAGAAGAGAUCCGUGCACUUUCUAAAGAGGAACUUCAGAUGCCUGUUACCAAAGGAGACUUUGAAUUGGCUCUUAAGAAAAUUGCUAAGUCUGUCUCUGCUGCAGACUUGGAGAAAUAUGAAAAGUGGAUGGUUGAAUUUGGAUCUGCUUGAAUUUCUGUCAGCUCUUUCAUUUCUGGUAUUUUUGUUUAUAAAAUGUGAAGAAAUUCCAGCAAUUUUUUAAAAAAACAGGUUUGGAACUUUACAUUGGAGAGGUUUUCUCUUAAAGAAAAAAUUUAAAACACAAAGAACAUACAUAUACUUGAGAAGUAAGAAAAGCUUACAUAGAGAGCCUGAUAUCCACGUAUCCAUGCAUUACAGUUGCACACCCUAACCAGAGUAUCGGGGGCUGAAGAAAGCGAGCAGUGUGCUAUUGUAGAAACUUGUUUACAGAAAAUGUAGAAGGAGCUCUGUUUCUCACUAGCGUUCAUUGUUUUUUAGUUUUUUCUAUUCUUUGCUCUGAACAUGAGGGACCUAUAUCUGUUGGCUUUUAACAUCAGAACUGGGUUUGUGUCAGAUCUAUUAUUUGUUGUUAAGAAUUAUGGUUUUGGAUUAAAUAAGGAAUCUGCUAGUUAAACCUUUAGAAUUCACCUACUACUGUUAGAGUCUAUUAUAUAGUUUGAAUUUUCCCUUCCUUUCCCUCACCAUUUCCUCUACUAGAUGUUUAAUCACUUAUUGAGCUUUAUGGGGGAAUAGCCUCAUGCUUUGUGGUUUUUGAAUCCUUUUGCCAAGUGGCUUCUCCGGUCUUCAGUGUUUUUUUUGCUGGCAAUAUUUCAUAUUGGAAGGGUGGAAAGAACAUCAUGUUUGUGUAAGAUGCUCUUUUUCAUUCUAGACUUCUGAGUUUGUUUUCACUUUUCUUUCAAUAUGUUCAACAGAUAAACCCUUGAUUUUUCUCAGCUCAAACAUUGUUUUUUGCUGAAUUUGCCUUUCAUAUUCUAAAUAAAUGCUUUGGUAUUCUAAACAAGUCC